AUGGAGCAAUACUCACAAUACUUGAUGUUGGCGAAGAGCAAGAACAACAAAAUCCUUAUGAAUCCAUUGUCAAGCUACUCAUGGGAAGAACAAGCAUUCGCACAAGAUGCUCGAGGUCCUCUUGGGGGUUUCGUAUGGCCACCGAGGUCUUAUUCUUGUAGCUUUUGUAGAAGAGAGUUCAGGUCAGCUCAAGCAUUAGGUGGUCACAUGAAUGUCCACAGAAGAGAAAGAGCCAAGCUGAAGCAGACUGUUAAUGGUACCAGUAGUGCUCCUAUUAGUACAACUAGCACUAUUACACAACAAAACCAUAAUAAGCAGAGUCUCUGUAAUUCAUCAUUGGAGUCUCUAGACCCUGAUACACCUUCUUUAAUACCAGCAUUAGGUCAAGAAAGUCUUGAUAGCAAUUCCGACACUAAGAGUUGUGUUUAUGACGAAGUGUUGGUAGUAGCUCAAGGCAAUGGUACUGAUGUUGAAACAAAUUUGUUUCUAGGGUUUGAUCACCUGGAUUCAUGUUCAAAUACGACUUCUUCUGUUCACAAGAGGCAGAAGAUGGCUGUUACACCGCCGGUCAUGGCCGGUUCCAUGAAAGGGUUAGAUCUUGAGCUGAGGCUGGCUGGCUAG